CAACUCCAUCAACUCCGCCAUAUUUGUUGAUGGUGCGUUGAACAAAAUCGUAUAAAUCACGGAUAUGAAUCUUCAUUAAGAGAGCAAAAAUAUGUCCAGCAGAGCAACCAAAAGCUCCCAUGGGAGGCCUUUCUCCUCCAAUCGGACACAGAUUAAUACAGCCAAAACAUCCGUCUCUGGACAGAAGUACCCAGAGAUCAAACAAAGAGGGUUUUAUUCAGAUAUUUUGGGAACAGGUGCCCAAGAAAGAUUAGGGAAUGUAUUGCAAGGGCCUGAGACUGUGGAACAGGAUACUCUUUGGAAUGUUGCCAAAGAAAAACACACUCCAAAAGUUACUGGGGUUGACUUUAAACCAGAAGAUAUACAAGCGCAACUUCAGGAGUAUACAUAUGGACCAUCCACAGAGAUAACAACCAUAUCUGACUUUCCAGUGAAGUCGUUUCAACCCAAAGUCCAGUUACCCUACUAUACCAUUCCAGGACAGUGUCCAAGAAAGAUAGAAAUUGAAAGGAGAAAGAGGCUGUAUGAGAGCCAGAAUUUAAAGACGCUGCUUGCCAAGGAAUGCAUAGACAGCAGCAUGCUGAUGCCAAAAAUGCUGACCAAUGGAAACAACAAUGUGAUACUGAAUGCUGAUUUGAAGGAUCCAGCUCCAUUCCCACCGUAUUUACCACUGGAGAUAUUUGAUGACCAAGAGUUUGAUUGCCGCACACCCCACGAGUGGAUAAGAUUAGGAAAGGAGGACGGAAAGAGAAUGCCUGUCCCUGGCAAAGCCUUGUUGCCUUCCACUGAUGAUGUGCAUGAUUUGGAUCCCAGAGACCCUAGCAUCACCUAUGCCUGGGUGGAUGUGGGAGUGUUGGAUUACGAUAAAGCAACACAGCUGUAUCUGGUGCAGAAAUGUGAUGAAAAUGGAAGGAUUGUAGAUCAGAAGGGAAAGACAAUAGUUAAUGGUGGGAAGAGAAAAGAUGGCACAAGGAUUACUUUGCCCUCCCAGUACUGGAUUCCCAGAGUUAGGUUGCUAUUUAUGGCAGAGGAUCCGCGAGAUUUUGUUAAGCGUGUCGGCCAUGCUUUUAGAAGCCGCAAACACACAGAAGCACUGAUCCGCUACAACCUGUACCUGGACUGUAUGCCUAUGGAUGGAGUGGGGGAACUGGACCAGGCAUCAUUGAAGAGAAUGACUGAUUGGGCUAGAAGUACUUCUUCACUGUCAAAGGACAAAAGCCUGGAUGACUACAUACAGCUUUUGGAGAAAGAAGUGAACAUUGAUUUUUGUCGCUCCAUGAAUCGGAUCAUCUUUGAUAAAACUGUGGCAGAAGAUCCUGCAACCUUUGCCUUUGUCACUAUCCCAGAGCCAGUGAAAGAGGUGAUACCAGAGAAAGGCUGUGUCACAGACUUACCUGAAUACCCAUUUGAUGAGCAGUAUGACAAGUUUGCCUUCAACUCCCUGCUGACCAGAGAAGAGAGUAUCUCAGCCAUUGGCAAAGUCAGGACUGAAUGUAACAAGGUCUCUGCUAUGUGCCUCUUCCAUCUACCUAUGAGUAAACCCAUGAGGCUUGAGGAGUUUGAACAGACACAAAGUCAGGCCACAUCCCAGGUUUCCCUGUUUUUGAAGGACAGCUGGAUCACCACCCUGAGAGCUGCCAUAAGGACCAGCUUGAGAGACAGUGGGAAGGGCUGGUUUAAUAUCCACGAGACCAACUGGGAUGUGUACCAGAUUUCCAAGCUCAAGAAGCUGAUGGAGAUGGUCAAGUUUAAUAUGCAGGAUUCCCUGAGGUACCUGGUCCAGGACUCUUUGGUCUCUUACACCCAGAAUGUACUGGAUGCCUGCCAUGCCUGUUUGUCUUAUGAAGAAGACAGAGAAUGGGGACCAGACCUUUUAGCCAGUAACUACAGACCCAAGAGGAAUGCCCUGUUUUUGGUGGAUCUGCUUCUGGACAAAGAAGGCGCCCACUACAGUACUAAUCUGAACAGCUUUGAGAGCACUCUGAUCAGCUUGUUUGACAAAGGCAUCUCAUCCACACAGAGUGUGCCACAGCUGGAAAAGUACAUCAUGGAGGACAUAUUCUGGUCUGGCACACCUCUGCUGGAAUCUGUAGGAGAACAUGAACCACCUGUGGAGGAACUGAGAACCACAGUGACAAAUGCCAUAAAGAAAGCACUCAUUCCUAUGAAAGCCUAUGCCAGAGAGUAUGAGAAACAUUUGGAGUUGAUGAAUUUGGACAUAAAUGCAUAUGUCAAGGAGUAUGAAAAGCAAGGCAAAUCAGCCGCUGAAGUGAAGCAUGAAGUAGAGAUGCACUUGAAAGAGAAGGAAGUGAUUGAAGCCACCAUCCCAAGCACCAUAGUCAUAGGACCAUUCUGGAUCAACACAGACACAGUGAGGAAGGCAUUGGCAAAGAAGAGGAAAGACCUGAGUAAUGCUGUACUGGAGCUGUUAGCUAGACAGCUCAGGAAACAAGCAGAUGAUGCUUGUGAAGAGUUCAAGGCUAUCAGCAGGAAACUCUAUGACAAGUCCAACUGCAUUGAGGAGCUCUCAGAGAUGAGGGAGUGGAUGAAAGGAAUACCAGAAAAACUGAAAGAACAUCAGGAACUCAUUGACAAGGCCAUGUCAGAUUAUGAAUUGAUAGAAGAUUUCUACUAUAACCUUUCCACUGAUGACUUCAAUGCCAAGUGGACUGCUAUUGGGUGGCCACACAAGAUAGAGACUCAGAUGGAGAACACUCUGGUCCAGUUGGAGGAGGAUGAGGAGAGGUUUAGGAAGCUACAGGUCCUAGAUCAGGCCAACUUCAAUGAUAAACUGGAUACACUGCAGAUGGUUGUUGCUGGUAUGGCUGCCCACACUGACAUUGGCAGAGCACAUGAGAUUGCCAAUGAGGCACGCAGAAUAAAUAAGCAGCUGAAGGAAGCUCAAGAGGAUGCUGCCAAAUACAACAACAGGGAACGCCUGUUUGGUCUGCCUGUCACAAACUAUGACAAGUUGAUAAAGCUUGUGAAGGACUUUGAACCUUUCCGAAAUCUCUGGAUCACAUGCUCCGAAUGGCUCCGUUGGAAUGAGAGCUGGAUGAAUGAUCCGCUGACAUCCAUUGAUGCUGAAAGCCUGGAAAAGAAUGUGAAUGACUCCUACAAAACCAUGCACAAGUCUGUGAAGAUUUUCAAUGAUAUACCUGGUGUGCAGCAAGUAGCAGUAGAGGUGAAAGGCAUGAUAGAAGAGUUCAGGCCUUAUAUCCCUCUUAUCCAAGGCUUGAGAAACCCAGGCAUGAGGAACAGGCAUUGGGAGCAGCUGUCAAAUGACCUUGGUUUCCCAGUGCGUCCAAAACAGUCCCUGACCUUCUCCAAGUGUCUGGAGAUGAGACUGCAAGAUCACAUUGAAAAGAUUAGUAAGGUGGCAGAGGUAGCAGGGAAGGAAUACUCCAUUGAACAGGCUCUUGACAAGAUGGAAGGUGAAUGGGCACCAGUGCUGUUUGAAGUGAUGCCAUAUAAAGAUACAGGCACCUACAUUGUGAAAAUAUCAGAAGAAAUCUCACAGCUUUUGGAUGAUCACAUUGUCAUGACCCAGAGCAUGUCUUUCUCCCCAUUCAAGAAACCUUUUGAGGAGAGAAUCAGUACAUGGGAAAGUAAACUAAGAACAACUCAGGAUGUCCUUGAUGAGUGGCUGUUGUGCCAGAGGUCAUGGCUGUACUUGGAGCCCAUCUUCAGUUCAGAAGACAUCAACCGCCAGCUGCCAGUGGAGAGCAAGAGGUAUCAAACCAUGGAAAGAAUCUGGAGGAAGCUAAUGAAGCAGGCACGAGACAACCCACAGGUGAUCUCACUGUGCCCUGACGCCCGCCUGUUAGACAACUUGAAGGAGUGUAACAAACUGUUGGAGCAGGUCCAGAAAGGUCUAAGCGAGUACUUGGAGACCAAGAGAAAUUCUUUCCCCCGCUUCUACUUCUUGUCUGAUGAUGAACUGCUGGAGAUUCUCUCUCAGACCAAAGAUCCCACAGCUGUACAGCCUCAUCUUAGGAAGUGCUUUGAGAAUAUUGCCAAGCUCAAAUUUGAGGAUGAUCUGAAGAUCACGACUAUGUACUCUGGAGAAGGAGAAUCAGUGAGUUUCAAGGAGUCCCUGUAUCCCACUGGCAAUGUGGAGGACUGGUUACUGGAGGUGGAGAGAGUCAUGAUGCAGAGUCUCAGAUUUAUCAUCAAAGAUGCUUUGGAAGAUUAUGAAAAGAUCCCGAGGACAGAGUGGGUAGUCAAGUGGCCUGGCCAGGUUGUCAUAGCUGGCUGUCAGACAUUCUGGACUUCUGAGGUGUCAGCAGCACUGGAGAGAAAAGAUCUGCCUGGACUGUUUCAGAACUUGCUUAGUCAGCUUGAUGACCUGCGUAACCUGGUGACAGGAGGGACAUUGACACGUAUUGGAAUCCAGGUGUUGUCUGCUCUCAUUGUCAUUGAGGUCCACGCCAGGGAUGUGGUAGCAAACAUGGUCAAAGAGAAAGUGGAAAAUGUCAAUGAUUUUGAAUGGAUCAGCCAGUUGAGAUACUACUGGUUGGAAGAUGACAACAUGUACACCCGGGCUGUGAACGCCCAGUUUCUGUAUGGAUAUGAAUACCUGGGGAACACAGGGCGCUUGGUUAUUACACCACUGACUGAUCGAUGUUACCUGACCCUGACUGGGGCCCUCCAUCUAAAGUUUGGUGGUGCCCCUGCUGGGCCUGCAGGGACAGGGAAGACAGAAACCACCAAGGAUCUGGCCAAGGCUUUUGCCAUUCAGUGUGUGGUCUUCAACUGCUCUGACCAGCUUGACUUCAUGGCUAUGGGGAAAUUCUUCAAAGGAUUGGCAAGUGCUGGGGCGUGGGCAUGUUUUGAUGAGUUCAACCGUAUCGACAUUGAGGUGUUAUCAGUGGUUGCUCAGCAGAUCACAACCAUUCAAAAAGCUCAACAGCAAAGGGUAGGCACUAUAUGUCUGGACAUAGGUUCAGGGGCAUGGGCUUGCUUUGAUGAAUUCAACCGUAUAGACAUAGAGGUGCUGUCAGUGGUGGCCAUGCAGAUCACCCAAAUACAGCAAGCACUCAUUGCUAAGGUGGACAGGUUCAUCUUCGAAGGCGUAGAGCUGGCUUUGAAGAAUUCCUGUGCUGUGUUCAUCACCAUGAACCCUGGCUAUGCAGGCAGAACAGAACUGCCUGACAACUUGAAGGCUUUGUUCCGUCCUGUGGCUAUGAUGGUGCCAGAUUAUGCCCUGAUUGCAGAAAUCAGUUUGUUCUCCUUUGGUUUCUCUGAUGCCAAGAUUCUCUCAAAGAAAAUCACAACAACUUUCAAGUUGUCAUCUGAACAGCUUAGUGCACAGGAUCACUAUGACUUUGGUAUGCGUGCUGUGAAGAGUGUGAUAUCUGCUGCCGGCAACUUGAAGAGACAGAAUCCCAAGAUGGAUGAAGAGUUGAUUGCUCUCAGAGCCAUCAGAGAUGUGAAUGUGCCUAAGUUCCUGCAAGAUGAUUUGAAACUGUUCAACGGCAUUGUAUCAGAUCUUUUCCCCAACAUCAAAGAGGAACCUAUUGACUAUGGAGCUCUUAGUGAAGCCCUCAACAAGUCCUGUGUCAAACUGGGCAUCAAAGAAGUGGAUGGAUUCUUACACAAGUGCAUUCAGCUUUAUGAGACAACUGUUGUGCGCCACGGGCUUAUGUUGGUUGGACCAACCGGUUCUGGAAAGACAAAAUGUUACGAGGUCCUGCAGAAGGCCAUGACUUCACUGAAGGGAGAACCAUCUCCAGCAGGUGUGCCCUUUGAGGCUACCCACACCUAUAUCCUCAACCCCAAGUCCAUCACUAUGGGGCAGCUGUAUGGAGAGUUUGAUCUCAUGACACACGAAUGGACUGAUGGGAUCUUGUCCACACUGAUCAGGCAGGGCUGCUCUGCCCAGGAUGCUGACAAGCGUUGGUAUCUGUUUGAUGGUCCUGUGGAUGCCGUGUGGAUUGAGAACAUGAACACUGUGCUGGAUGACAAUAAAAAGCUGUGUCUCAGCAGUGGAGAGAUCAUCAAAUUAACUGAGCACAUGACUAUGAUGUUUGAAGUACAGGACCUGGCAGUUGCCUCCCCUGCCACUGUCAGUAGGUGUGGUAUGGUGUACCUGGAACCCAGUAUUCUGGGCCUGUCACCAUUUGUAGAGUGCUGGCUCAAGAGACUGCCUGAUGCUAUAUACCCACACAAGGACAAGUUCCAGGCACUCUUUGAUGCUUUUCUGGAGGAUUCCAUUCAUUUCCUGCGAGGCAAUAUGAAAGAAUUUGUGCCAUCUAUGGACAGCAACUUGACCUUCAGUUUGUUGAAACUGCUGGAGUGCUACUUCACCCCCUUCAUUCCUAAAGAGGGAGAAAAGGAAAUGCCAGAGGAACAACUGGAGCGUAUUGUGGAUCUCAUUGAGCCUUGGUUUAUCUUCUCCCUGAUCUGGACUGUGGGCGCCACCUGUGAUAAUGAUGGAAGGAAGAAGUUCAGUGAUUACCUCAGAGAGAAGAUGAAGAAAGAAAAUUGCACAAUGCCAUUCCCAGAGAAAGGCUUGGUAUAUGACUAUAGGUUGGAUGAUGGAGGCAUUAGUGGAGGCCAUGGAGACGACGAGGAGGAGGAUGCAGGUGGAGAACGCAAGAUUCAGUGGUUGGAUUGGUUCCACGGCCGUGCUCAUUUCUCUAUUCCCCCAGACAGCAAGUUCUCAGACAUCAUAGUGCCCACCAUGGACACCAUCAGAAGUGCAUACAUCAUUGAAAUACUUCUGUCUAACAAUAAAACAGUAUUGUGUGUGGGUCCUACUGGGACAGGAAAGACCCUCUCCCUGGCAGACAAACUGAGCAGAGGCAUGCCAAAACAGUAUAUCCCAGAAUUCAUCGUGUUUUCUGCCAAAACCAGUGCAAACCAGACACAAGAUCUGAUUGAUGGCAAACUUGACAAAAGGCGAAAGGGAGUAUUUGGACCUCCUCUUGGAAAAUACUUCAUCUUUUUUGUUGAUGACUUGAACAUGCCUGCCCUGGAGACCUAUGGGGCCCAGCCACCUAUUGAGCUGAUCAGACAGUGGAUGGACUUCAAAGGCUGGUACGACAGAAAGGCCAUAGGAGAUUUCCGCCAUCUUGUUGACGUGAACUUUGUGACUGCAAUGGGUCCCCCUGGUGGUGGACGUAAUCCAGUCACUCCUAGACUGCUGCGUCACUUCAACUACCUGGCCUUCACAGACCUGGAGGAUGACAGCAAACGGACGAUCUUUGGAACCAUCUUGAACUGGUUUUUAGCUGCCAGUCCUCCCGCAGUGCGUGACCAUGGUGACCAAAUGGUGGACACCUGUAUUGAUAUGUACAACACCAUUCUAAAACAACUUCUACCAACACCAGCCAAGAGCCACUACACAUUCAACUUGAGGGAUCUCUCCAAAGUCUUCCAGGGCAUGCUCAUGGCAGACGCUGCUAAGCUGGAGACACUACAGGAAUUCCUGCGGCUGUGGUACCAUGAGAGUUGCCGCGUGUUCCAGGACCGUUUGGUGAAUGAUGAAGACAGGGACUGGUUUGACAACUUAAUGAAAGAACACAUGCUGGCAGAUUUCCACAUCCAGUUUCAAGAUGCUGUGCCCUCACUGCCUAUCCUAUAUGGAGACUUCAUGGUGCCCAAUGUAGACAACAAAGUCUAUGCAGAAAUAGAGGAUCAUGCUAAGAUGGCAAAAGUCAUGGAGGAGUACCUUGAGGACUACAAUCAAAUCAACACAGCAAAGAUGAACUUGGUGCUCUUUAUGGAUGCCAUGAAGCACUUGUGUCGUAUAAGUCGUAUCAUCAGACAGCCCCUGGGGAAUGCCUUACUGCUGGGAAUGGGUGGUAGUGGCAGACAGAGUCUUACCAGGCUGGCAGCACACAUGUCUGAAUAUGACUGUUUCCAGAUCGAGCUGGCUAAGAACUAUGGCAUGACAGAGUGGAGGGAGGAUCUGAAAACCAUCAUGUUGAAAGCAGGAUUAGAGAAUAAAUCAAUAGUUUUCUUGUUUAGUGAUACACAGAUAAAAAGCGAAUCUUUCUUGGAGGAUUUGAACAACAUCUUAAAUUCUGGUGAUGUGCCCAACAUCUAUGCUUUUGAUGAGCUGGACCAGAUCUAUACUGCCAUGAAGCCUAUUGUACAGGAUGCUGGCUAUCAGCCGACUAAAACUAACUUGUUUUCUGCUUUUACUAAAAGAGUCAGAAGCAAUCUGCACACUGUGGUAACAAUGAGUCCUAUUGGUGAAAUAUUCCGUGCACGUCUGCGUAUGUUCCCAGCACUGGUGAACUGCUGCACUAUAGACUGGUUUAGUGAGUGGCCUGAUGAUGCUCUCCGCUCUGUGGCCAUGAAGUUUUUGAAUGAUAUUGUUGAUUUGGAUGCCAGUGAAACUGUAUUUGAUGGCCUGGUUGUUAUGUGUCAAGUAAUUCAUCAGAAUGUGAUAGAGAAUGCCAGACUGUACCUAGCUGAGAUGUCCAGACAUGUGUAUGUCACUCCAACAAGUUACCUGGAGUUAUUGGGGAUUUUCUCGAAUCUGGUGUCUAUCAAGAGAAAUGAGCUUACUCUUGCUAAAAACAGAAUGAAAACUGGUCUAGAUAAGCUCCUCACUACUGCUGAUGAAGUGGCUAAGCUUCAGGAAGAGCUGGAGACCAUGAGGCCACUUCUGGAGGAAGCAGUGCAAGAGUCCAUAGUGACCAUGGAGAAGAUUUCAGUGGACACGAAAGUAGCAGAGGAGACCAAGGCAGUGGUCCAGAAGGAGGAGGCCCAGGCUGGGGAGAAAGCCAGGGAGACCCAGGCCAUUGCUGAUGAUGCACAGAGAGAUCUGAAUGAAGCACUGCCAGCCUUGGAUGCUGCUUUGGCAAGUCUGAAGUCUCUGAACAAGAAUGAUGUAGUUGAAGUGAGGUCCAUGACACGCCCACCAGAUGGUGUGCGUAUGGUUAUUGAAGCUGUGUGCAUCAUGAAGAGCAUCAAGCCCAAGAAAGUGCCUGGAUCUAAGCCUGGAGAAAAAAUUGAUGACUAUUGGGAGCCUGGAAAAGGAUUACUUCAAGAUCCUGGCAAAUUCCUGGAAAGUUUGUUCAAGUAUGACAAGGAUAACAUUCCAGAUGUUGCCAUCAAGGCCAUCCAGACAUACAUAGAUAAUGAGGCUUUCCAGCCUGCUGCUAUCGCCAAGGUUUCAAAAGCGUGUACCUCUAUCUGCCAGUGGGUGCGAGCUAUGCACAAGUACCACUUUGUAUCUAAAGCUGUAGCCCCCAAGAGGGCAGCUCUACAACAGGCCCAAGCUGAGCUAGCGGAAACCCAGAAAAUUCUGGAUGCUGCCAAGGCCAGGCUCCAGGAAGUGGAAGAUGGUAUAGCCCUACUGCAGGCCAAGUAUGAUGACUGUGUGCGCAAGAAGACAGAGCUGGAAGACAAAACUCAGGAGUGUGAGGCCAGGCUGGGAAGAGCAGAUAAGCUCAUUGGAGGUCUGGCGGGAGAGAAAGUCAGGUGGCAGGAGUCUGUGGAGAGACUGGAGUACAUGGUGGCCAAUGUGAUUGGAGAUGUGCUUAUGUCUGCUGGCUGUGUGGCCUACCUGGGACCUUUCACUGGCAACUAUCGAACCACCAUGGUCCAGCAGUGGCUGCAGAAGCUGACUGAGAACAAAGUGCCCACCACAGAUGACCCCACUCUGAUCAGUACCUUGGCUGACCCAGUGAAGGUCCGCAGCUGGCAGAUUGCUGGUCUCCCCAAGGACAACCUCUCAGUGGAGAAUGGGGUUGUGGUCCAGUACUCUCGCAGGUGGCCACUCUUCAUAGAUCCACAGGGGCAGGCAAAUAAAUGGGUGAAGAACUUGGAAAAAGACAAUGGAAUUGAUGUCAUCAAGCUGUCAGACAGGGAUUUCCUGCGUAGUUUAGAGAAUGCUGUGCGCUUUGGUAAACCAUGUCUGCUGGAGAAUGUGGGAGAGGAACUGGAUCCUGCUCUGGAACCCAUCUUGUUGAAGCAGACCUUCAAGCAGUCUGGAAGUUUGGUGAUCAAGCUAGGUGAUGCAGUGAUUCCCUACCAUGAAGACUUCAAGUUCUACAUUACAACCAAACUACCCAACCCUCAUUAUACACCAGAGGUCUCCACCAAGGUCACACUGGUCAACUUCACACUGUCACCAAGUGGUCUUGAAGACCAGCUGCUGGGAACAGUGGUGGCAGAGGAAAGACCUGACCUGGAAGAGGCAAAGAACCAGCUCAUUAUCAGCAAUGCCAAGAUGAAGAAUGAACUGAAGGAGAUUGAAGACAAGAUUCUGGAAAGACUGAGUUCUGCAGAGGGCAGCCCUGUUGAUGAUGUGGAUUUGAUUGCCACUUUGGAUGCAUCCAAGAUAAAGUCUGAUGAAAUCAAGGCCAAAGUGGUUGUAGCAGAACAAACUGAGAAGGAAAUAGAUGAGACUCGUAGUCAGUACAUCCCAGUGGCAGUGAAUACCCAGAUCUUGUUCUUCUGUGUGGCUGACAUGGCCAAUAUUGACCCUAUGUAUCAGUACUCACUGGAAUGGUUUAUCAGGAUCUUCUUAGGUGGCAUCUCUAAUGCUGAAAGAUCUGAUAACUUGCCUCAGCGUAUCACCAACAUCAAUGAGUAUUUCACCUUCAGUUUGUACAGCAAUGUGUGUCGCAGCUUGUUUGAAAAACACAAGUUGCUGUUUGCUUUCUUGCUCUGCACCAGAAUACUGAUGCACCAAGGGAAGAUUAACUUAGAUGAGUGGCGGUUCCUGAUAGCUGGAGGGACACACAAGGCCAAGGAGCUGCCUAACCCAGCUGUGGACUGGCUCAGUGAAAGGUCUUGGGGAGAUAUCCUCACCCUGGCAGCUGUGCCCAAAUUUGCCUCCUUUGCAGAUGACUUCCCCUCCCAUGUUGAAGGGUUUAAGAAAAUCUUUGACAGCGCUGAUCCUCACAGAGAGGAGCUUCCAGGAAGCUGGAACACAGACCUGGAUGACUUCCAGAAAUUGUUGGUUCUCAAGUGUUUGAGAUCAGAUAAAAUUACUAAUGCCAUGCAAGACUUUGUUGCCAAGAACCUUGGGCAGAGGUUUGUGGAACCACAGACGGCAGAUCUUCACCAGGUGUUUAAGGACUCUUCCCCAACAACACCACUGAUCUUUGUCCUGUCCACUGGCACUGACCCCGCAGCUGACCUUUACAAGUUUGCAGAGGAAAUGAGAUUUGCUAAGAAAUUAUCAGCCAUUUCACUGGGACAAGGACAGGGUCCAAGAGCAGAGGCCAUGAUGAGGAGUGCUAUGGAGAGAGGCAAAUGGGUAUUUUUCCAAAACUGUCACUUAGCACCAAGCUGGAUGCCUUCACUGGAAAGACUCAUUGAGCAGAUUGACCCAGACAAAGUUCACCGUGACUUCCGUCUGUGGCUGACCAGUAUGCCUAGUCCAAAGUUCCCUGUGUACAUCUUACAGAAUGGCUCUAAGAUGACAGUGGAACCUCCUAAAGGAAUCAAAGCCAACUUGAUGAAGUCAUACUUUGGCUUUACUGAUGAAUUCCUUCUUUCAUUAGGAGAUCGGACUCAUGAGUUCAAAUCGUUGCUGUUCUCCCUGUGUCUCUUCCACGGAGUCAGCAUAGAGAGGAGGAAGUUUGGUGCUCUCGGCUUCAAUAUCCCUUACGAGUUCACUGAUGGUGACUUGAAGAUCUGUGUCAGCCAGCUGAAGAUGUUCCUUGCUGAAUAUGAAACCAUCCCUUACAAGGUGCUGAUGUACACAGCAGGUCAUAUCAACUAUGGUGGCCGUGUGACAGAUGACUGGGACAGGCGGUGUCUCAUGAGCAUCCUAGCAGACUUCUACAACCCCGUGGUCCUGGAAGAAGACCAUGUCUACUCUGAGUCUGGCAUCUAUAAGCAGAUUAAUACAGAAAAUGAUCAUCAUGGUUACAUGGAGUACAUAAAGAGUUUACCCAUCAAUGACAAUCCUGAGAUCUUCCAUUUGCACAACAAUGCCAACAUCACCUUUGCUCAGAAUGAGACAUUUAUGCUUCUGGAAGCCCUGCUGGCCCUGCAGCCCAAGUCUACAAGUGGCAAAGGAAAGACAAGAGAGGAGGUUAUGGAGGAUGCUGCUAAGACCAUCCUGGAGCAGGUGCCAGACCCCAUACCUAUAGGUCCAGUAAUGGAGAAGUUCCCUGUGUUAUAUGAACAGUCUAUGAACACAGUACUCACACAGGAGGUCAUCAGGUUUAACAAGCUCCUGGCUAUCAUCAAGAGUAGUCUGAAGGACAUGCUAAAAGCUUUGAAGGGUUUGGUGGUGAUGUCCCAGCAACUGGAGGACAUGGCCAACAGUCUGUACAACAACACUGUCCCAGGAAUGUGGGCAGGCAAGGCCUAUCCAUCUUUGAAGCCUCUGGCUGCCUGGGUGGUAGAUCUUGUUCACAGGAUGGAGUUCAUUCAAGGCUGGAUUGACAAUGGCAUUCCUGCUGUAUUUUGGAUAUCUGGUUUCUUCUUCCCACAAGCCUUUUUAACUGGUACUCUGCAGAACUAUGCCAGGUCCAAGGUCAUCUCCAUUGACACAAUAUCCUUUGGAUUUGAGGUUCUACAUGAGGACUGGCAGGAGCUCAAGGAACCACCAAAAGAUGGCUGCUUCAUCAGAGGAUUAUACAUAGAAGGUGGGCGCUGGGACUUCACAAACCACAAGCUCACAGAAUCCAGGCCCAAGGAGUUGUACACAGACAUGCCUGGUAUAUGGUUGAAACCUGAGGCCAGCAGAGUUCCACCCCAGUCAGGGGUGUAUGAAUGCCCUGUGUAUAAGACUUUAACAAGAGCAGGUACCCUGUCCACCACUGGUCUGUCCACUAACUUUGUGUGCACAGUGGAGCUGCCCACUGACAAGACCCAGCAACACUGGAUUAAGAGAGGUCUGGCUAUGUUGUGUGCUCUCAACUACUGAGCCACCCACCCGGAACAGAAACAAGAACUUGAACACCAUGGAAGUAUAUUGGUGUAUACUUCAUGCUGCAUAUAUGAUGUAGUGAACUUCUGAGACUAUUGGUCAAAUAUGUGAUAUUUUAACAUCUCUGAUGAGAGAUGCAUGUACAAAUGUGUUUCAGUAUUAACAUGUACAGUUUUGUCUUAACCUUAUACUUAACAUAACUCUGCAGUAUACAGGGACUAUUUUGAAAAAAAAAUGCAUUUAUUCAGUAUGAAUGGGGACCAAUGAACAUUUGAAAAUUUUCCUGAAUGAUGGGAUUUACAGCUUCCAAGUUCAGAUAUGAAUGGGCACACUAUUUGUAUUUUUAUUUUGCUGUGCCAUGUCCAUGUAUUUUUAUUUGUUAAGUCCUGAGUGAUUUGUGGAGAUAUUAUUGAUAUCAAUUAAAUUUUAUUUUUAUUUCAUUACAUCUUCAGUGGGUUGGAUAAAUACACGUGUAUAUAUAGUUGCUCACUGUUAUUGCAUUAACAUUGCAAUUUUUUUUCCUUUUUAUAAGAGCACACAUUUGACUGUGAUUAUUUGUUUAAGCUUUGACAAUGAAAAUUAUUUACCUGAAUUUGUGUUUUGAACCUCAAAUGCCAAAAACAAAUUAAUUAGUUUAAUUUUUACUUUCAUCUUUUAAAUAAUUUAUAUUUUAUAAAAAGAAAACUUUUAUAUUGAAUUAUUAGUUUUCUAUAUUUCAGAUUUUUAUAGGAAAUGCUGCCUAGCCAUUUGUGCAGCUUUUUAUUUUGGCUGAUAUAAAGUUACCUAAUAAAACUCUUAUAU